AUGUCAAUCUCUCCUGCCCAGACCAUCGCGUCUCUCCACGAGAUUGUGACCUGUAUCGUCGCUUCGACUUCAUCUCCCGCCGACCUGGCGGCUCUGAUGCAAACGUCAACGCUAUUCUUUCAAUUGGCGGCACCCAAGCUGUAUCACUCCAUACCCAUUAGCUACACCUGCAACCCUCUUGUGGGCGCUUCGACCACAAAGCCAGAUCGGGAUGAGGUCCUGGCGAAACCGUUCGGCAAAGACGCGCUCUUGACUUUUGUCGAGAUCGUCCGUUUGGAGAGAUGUGAUGUUUCAGAUUGGACGCCGGAGAUAUCAAAGAGAUCGAACCAGAGGGAUGCGGGGUAUACAUCCAAGAGAAAGAAGGCAUGGUACGACAGCCUGCAGCCAUAUGCCCUUCCGCGCCUUCGGACCGUCGACAUUCAGCCCCAUCCCACCAUCAUCGAAAACUCGGAUACCUCCCCCAGCAGCACUUCUUCCUACCAUCACUACAGCUACAUCUCACACCCGUCUUUCUCAACACUCUGCGAAAGAGCCACCCACCUCCACCUCUCUACUCAAGAUGUACACACCUACGGGCACGACGAAGAAAACCUCCCUUUUCUUCCUCUUCCUCGCGUCCGCGCCGUUACUAUCAAAGCGCGCAUGUCCCAAAUUGAGACUCUGAUUACUAUGACGAGCCGGCUGGGGAUCGUAUUUGAUGCGUCGCAUCUGCCGAAUCUGGAGCUCAACAUCUAUGUCUGGGACGACGUCUGCCUCGUCGACAAUGCCCGACCGACGGUGGGUCAGGGCGAGGAGGUGCGCCUAGAUGGGCAGUUCCUCAAAGACCUCGGUCUCCACACCUGCCGCCACCUCCAGACCCCCGACUUCAAAAGCAUCCUCAACUCCCUCGUCGCCUACCUCUCCAUCCAAACAUCCUUCCACACCAUCCGGUUGCUCAACCUCCCCUCCAUCCUCGAGCGCUACGCUGAAAACCUGGGGGAGAGCGUGGAGAGUAUAGAGAGGAUGUUGGUGGAGUGUUUUGGGCAGGUUAGGGAUUUGCAGAAGCAGUUGUAUGGGUGGAAGGAGGAGGAGGUGUUGGGGAUGGUUUUUGAGGGGGGAGGGGAGUAUUAUGAGAAGUAUUGGAAUGGGAGGUGGGUGGAGGAGUAUGUGCCGCCGGGGAUGAUGGCGAGUGAGGAGGUGUACUAUUGUCUGAUGGUGGAUCCGUCGGUAACGUUGGUCGAUCUACGGACGAGGAUGGCCAAGGACGCAGACAUUCCCGCGUCUUGGCUAUCUUCGCUUCGUCAAGACGAGUUGGAGCGCUUAUUAAAAUGGUACGAUUCGUCGAAUCAAGAUCUUUCGAGGAGUCCAUAG